AUGUAUCAUAGUGAUGUUGUUCGGCGUCACGAAAGAAGCCACCAUGAACAGCAAAUUGAGCAGCAGGCUGAGCAUCAAGCUAGGCAACAUCUUGAGGAAUCCUCCAACAGUUUGCCAGAUGACUCGGUGAUGCUUACGCCAGCCUCGGCGGCUGAAUCUCUGAGACGGUUAUCGGAGAUUCCGGGGAUCACAUCCAUGCCGGAGAAUAUGACUCCGCUGCAAUAUCCCAACACAAGCAUUGCAAGUCUUGCUCCACCCAAUACCGGGUAUAUACCUGGAAUGGAUCUAUCUUCGCAAGAUGAUACCACACAUCGAUCGAGCUCCAACUCAGGGCCCGGGACAUGGUUUCUAGAAGACGAUUUUGAUGUUAGCGCUCUAGACUUCUCACUAACCUCCACCAUAUCCGAAUGGGCACAGUUCUCGAAUCCCUUUCCGGCUCCUCUUUUGCCGACAGAGGAAUCACCGGAAAUAUUCACACCGGUGCAAAGUUUCGCGCCGAACUUGCAGUCGCCUAAUCCUCCAGGAGAUGCUAUGAAGCGCAAAUGGUUUUCACAUAUGGAGCACCGACCAAGUCGAGGAUUCGACAUGGCAGAAUCGAGUUAUUCGGGACAUACUAAAGCGAAUGAGUCGUACCGAGCCGAUUUAUCACAGAAGCUUAGGCCAAGGAUGGAGGACGAGGCACUUCCAACAUCAGAACAAUUGAAUCUCUUCGCUAAGCUUUAUUUUCAUCGAUUUCAUCCAUUGCUUCCUGUCAUUCAUACUCCUUCCUUCCGACCAACUGCAGAGAAUUCUCUCUUGUUCCUGUCUUUAUGUUCCAUCGGCAGUCUAUUUGUCGGGUCAUCGCGUGCUGUUAUGCAAGGCUCUCGAAUAUUUGAAAGGCUGAACAAGGCAAUACUGGCAUCAUGGGAAUCCUUUUUAUCGCAGAGCCGACCAGACGCACUUUCUAUGGUCCAGGCUGCCAUUCUAGGUCAAACAUAUGCUAUUCUGGCCGGUGAACCAAAAUAUCUCGUCUUGGCAGAUGUCCUGCAUGGGACAGUCGCAGCUUGGGCUCGUGAAGCAAAUCGACUCGGGUCUAUCUGUACCCGAGCACCUGAUUUAUCCGAUGACAGCAAUAUCGAGACAAGCUGGUAUCGAUGGAUUGAUCAUGAACAACGAGCACGGGUUCAAGUCGCACUACAUAUUCACGACGCUGAGCUUGCAACUCUCCUGCACCACCAACCUAUUCGCAGCCAUCGAUUCCGCCAAUUUCCCAAACUCGCAUCUGAUGAGUUAUUCUCGGCGCCCACGGCUUCAAAAUGGGCUGCAAUGUACCGCCAAUCCAUGAAUACGUCACCCGAAAAUGACCUAGUAUCUACUCAACUCCCUCGUUCUCUUGAUCCACUCCCAGUCACUGGAGUAUCAUCCCGCUUCGCAGCUUACGGUCUCUUGGAGAGUAUCAGCGCUCGCUUGGUCGACGCGAAGCAAUCUGAUGGAUUCGAUCACCAUGUCUCUGCAGAGAUAUCAAGUCUCCUGAUAGCUUGGUGGAAAGCCUACUACACACCAAUUCAAAGCCACGAAAGAGAUCCAUUCUGUCUCCCCGUACUCUGGCAUUCAAUCUAUAUAUCCCUAUACGCAGACCUUGACCUCCUCGAACAGCUCAUUGGUCGAGAUGGCUACCACCAUACAGUACAGGCUGCAGGACCCGUCCAAGAAUGGUGUACAUCCCUGAACGCCAGCCGCUGCCUUAUACACGCCUCUUUGAUUGCGCAGUAUAUAGAAAAUAUGAGCAUGUCCUCGGAACCAUCAAUUCACGUUCCCCGAGCGCUCUUUUCUGCUGCACUCACAUAUCUCGUUGUUGCGAGGUUUGCACCGAAACAUGUCGUUCGUUCGGAGGCAUUUUCAUCGCCAGAAUUCAAAAUCCUGGGUGAUAUUAAUGCUUCAGUCGAAAGCUGUUUUCCAGAUCUGCAGUCGAAGGGUUCUAGUGGAUCUGUGGUUGCUGAUAUGGAUCAUUUGUAUCGGUUGGUGGAUCUGUUGCAGCGUGGUGGGCGUUGGGGGAUUUCGCAGGCUUUUGCAGGGGUUAUUACUUCAGCUUUGGAAGGGAUUCCCGGGUCUUAG